UCUGUUUUACAUAUACAGCGUUACAAUUAUCAGCGUUACAAAAGCAGAUAAUAGCGUUAGCCUGAUAGCAAUUAGCAACACACAAAUGUAUGCGAAUAGCAUCUUAACGACGGAUGUGAUUUAAAGGUGUUAAAGAACAGAUGAAGGCAAAUCAAAUGGCAGAAACGGCUGAAGGUAAAAAAGAGGAGGCAGACUACAAAAGACUACACAGCUUUCCUCUCAUCAGGCACACAGAUAUGCCUGAGGAGAUGAGAGUUGAAACAAUGGAGCUGUGCGUCACAGCCUGUGAAAAAUUUGCCACAAACAAUGAGAGUGCAGCUAGGAUGAUAAAGGAGUCGAUGGAUAAGAAGUUUGGGAGCUCCUGGCACGUGGUCAUCGGUGAAGGUUUUGGCUUCGAGGUGACUCACGAAGUGAAGAAUCUGUUGUACAUGUUUUUCGGUGGAAGUCUGGCUGUGUGUGUGUGGAAAUGCUCCUAGCACUGAUCUCAGUAUAGUUUUUUCUCCUUCACACAAUUUUAUAUAUUUCUAUUUCUGUACCGUUACAGCUAUGCAGUCCUUUUCUAUUUGACCUGUUUGUGUGUGUGAGCGCAUGUGAGUAUGUAAAGUGUGCAUGAGAGACACCUUAUAGUUUAGUCAGUUUACAGCUCACCUUGUCUUUGACUGUUUUUCUGUAGUUUACUUUAAACAACAAUUUAUAGGUCAACGGAUCAUCAGGGUGAGCCGAUCUUCAACGUUUUUUCUCAGCUUGUUUAUAGUAUUACUGACACUAAUGGCCGUCUCAGUUAAAAUUAUUGACUGGUUUAUGCCAGAGUUACAUUCCACAGAACGAAAGCACAUUGACAGUGUUUGUCUGUGUGCAGUUGUGUUCUCUGUUAGGCCUACUACAUUCUGUAGUCCCAAUUACAAAAGAAGAUUUGGAAGCAUCUUGAAAUUACUUGGAUUUUUGCAAUAAAUAAUUAUAAAACAU